AUUCCAAGAUGGCGUCGGAACUGAACAAACUGAGGAUGGUUUCUCUCUACUUUUCUCACAACAAUCACAGUUUUGUGAAUCGUCGGCUGCGUCUGUGACGGUGUAGCAAGGCCUCUAACAAGUUCACAUGUUUAUCGAAGUCCGGUUAAACGUUAGUGCGUGACGAGGGCUCAGAUUCGGAGGUGAGCAAGCUGAGAGCAGUUAACUUCAUCAUGGCUGACUCCAGGAACUCCAGAGGAAGUGGACAGAUGACCACCCACAACAGUGACCAGCUGCUGGACAUGUUACGGCAGGAGGUCAUGAGCCAAGGCAGUGAUAGACCAGGUGGUCACAGGAACAAGGGUGCAGUACAGGACAGUCUGGAUACAUACAGGUCUGUCAAAGUAGACUCAUCUUCAGACGAGGAACGCGAGGAACACUACCGUGACAGUCCUGGCCAAAAUCACCUGCACUCAAGAGACAGCCCUCAUCUUCCCUACCAACCAAAAGGCUACAGUCAUGACAGGAACGUUACGUCAGAAAGCGACCGUUACACUGUUUCUACGUCGCAACAGACAACACGGCCACAUAGAACAGUUCCAGGUUCUGUUCAGCGAGCGGUUCGACAGCUCGGCAAUUCUGAUGACGAUGACGAUAAUGAUGAGCAUGUGAGAGACAGUUUAGAUGAUGAAGAGGAUGAUUUAGCUGAAGAGGAGAAUUAUCAGCAGCAGCUGAAGGAACGUCUGAAGCAAGAGCAGGAACAGCUGCAAUCAGAUGAUAGUCUAGAGGAUGGGGAGGAGAGUCCUUCAGAUUCACUUGAUCUACCGGUACAACAUGGAGGAGGGCACAACUCCGAAAACUCUCCGCUGUCAAUAGACACACGGGGAAGCGACCGUUACGAGGACUUAGAGAGAGGCUCUCAAACUCCCGGUAAGGAUCCGUACGCAAACCUGAGGUACGAUCCCAACUGGAAGGAGAGAGGUGCUCUGAUCGUUAGUACACCGUACGUUCAGGAGGAGCUACAAGCCAGGACAAGAAUGGUGGAUUUUGAACAGGACUUCUUCCCUUCAGACUCUUUAGAGUCUGCAGACAAAAACACAUUGCGGUUAGGAACGCCCCACCCCACGAGGGACAUGGACAACAGCAGAGAGGCGAGUCGGGAGUCGCAAGAUUCCCGGUACACCCUUCAGACAGAAAGUGAUGCUCAGAGUGUCUCCAGAGGGAGUUCUGAUGAUAGAACGCCAGAGAGAGACCACAAAGGUGGAAAUCAGCAUUACUCUAGUCCCGAGGAGGACGACGCAAGUGAGCGAGAGGAGAUAAGGGGGUACCAUAGAGCUCUCAAAGUGGGAGAGCCGAGAGUUGUUCCUUACAACAAACCAUUCCCAUCUCCCCCUCAGGCGCCGUAUGCUCAACAGCCCACCCUGAAUGCCUAUCAUUGGCCACCGGCUGGGAAUGAGGAGGAGUCAGGGUACCAAAGCAAGAAGGAUUCCCAACACAAACCCAAGCAACAGCACAGACCAGUGGGCUAUACAAGCCCUCGUGCUGUUGGUCCAGUUGUCCAGAAAGCAGCAAUGCCAGAAGAAUUCGAACAGUUGCAUUCCCCUAAUGAUGAUUACAAUACUUCUUCAGACGUGACCAUCACAAGUAGCAUGACAAACCAAAGACAGCCAGUCGAGAAGCCGCCCCUUCCCAGGCCACCGAAGACUGAGAAACCGCCACCAAAAUCCUUCAUAGAACUGAACAAAGAAAACCUGAACAGGCAAGAUGCAAAGAAGGGAGGGUCAUAUGCCAGACGAUACGCACAGAAGAAAGCACUAAAUGAACAGCCUCCGUCUGCUAGGAGACAGAAAGCGGGAAAGAGUGAAGUUUCAGAAUCCAACCUAGACGAUACGGAUGAUUUUUCCAACAUGACAGCUGAAGAGGUGUGGCAGCUUAAGCAAGAGAGGUUGAGACAAGCAAAGGAGGCAAAAAGUGGCGUGAAAAGCGGCAAGAAGCCCAAACAUCAGAAAACCAUAAGAACUGAUGCCUCGCCACCGAGCAAAGCGUCAAGUGCCAGCUCAACUGCGUCUAAGAAUUCACAGGCAAGUCAAGAAAGUAUGGAGCUAAGAUCCAUCUCACAGACCACCACUCAGGUGGAUGCUCCACCUGUCAGGAUGCAAGGUGCACCACAGCACUCCCCUCGGGAUGCAGGCUACCAAUCACAGGCUUUGCCUCCGCAGAUGAACCAAUCGCCGCAAGGCUUGUAUCCUGAAGGUGCCCAGACGUCCCCUCAUGCAUAUCAACCUAUGCAGCAACCAAUGUAUGCCUUUCCAAGUCAGCAGGCUCCCAUAAAUGUGAACAUCAAUCUCAGUUUUGACCCCAAUGAGAUCAGUCCAAAGCAGGGACAGGCAGGGAACCGUGUUAGUCCCAGGGUCACAGUAGAUACUGAAGGGAGACAGGACAGCCACCCAGACUUUCCUGACACAAAGCAUCAUUCCCCAGAUGGACACAGACAAGACAACUCACCACAGAGAAGAGGUUACCAGGACUACAACGCUACCCACGGGCCACCAGAAGAGAUGGGAAGCUAUGGUCCUAGAACUCCUGAGUCCCACAGGUCUCACCCUCAGACAAGGCCCAGGCAGCUCAGAAAGGAGACCGCCUACACAACCCUCUCUGAUCCCACCGACAAGUCCACACAGCAGUAUAGAAGGGAGCGAACUUACUCAAAGCCUGCUGAAGUUGAAGAGGGUUAUGGGUAUGACUCUGAGCCUGUGCAGGGGUCGUAUGCACAGAUUCACCAAGCUGAGAGGAGACUCAUGCAAGAGGAGCAGCAACACAGACAGAGGUCGCUGCCUGGUAGUGGUGUGAGGGAGCCGUACCAGGGGGCAUACACCGGCCACCAGGAAAGACCUGACCAGAGGGAAGGUUGGCCUCAUAGGGGAGGGGAGUACGAUGAUCCUUUUAACAGCUCUCAAGAAUAUGAGGAAGGUCCGCACACUUAUGUCGAGCUUCAUGCAGCGAGGAGGGCUCAGGAGGAAUCCCAGCACCAGGUUAGUCCUCGGGGGUCACAUACCAAGGUGCAGCAACAUCCUGGGCCACACUACAGGACACAGGGGCCACCUCAACAUCAUGGGCCACAUGACAGGUCACAUGGGCCAGCACAACAUCAUGGGCCACACGAGAGGCCUCACGGCCCAUCACAACAUCAUGGGCCACGUUAUGGGCCCCCUGAACAGCAUGGGCCACAUGGCAGAAUAACGCAAAGGCACCAAGCCCCUGACUAUAGUCCUCAACAACAUGGACAUGCUGCAUGGCAUGCAGACCUCCACCAACCCCCUCACCCCCACCACCAACCCCCUCACCCCCACUUUCCCCCCUACCUGCGCAAUGUUGGUAGGCGUUCUAGCGAGGGAGACAUCGCAGACUUCUACCAGCAAGACGGCGUGAGACGAGAGUCCUUCAGCCCAUACAGCAAGAUCCCGCCUAUCGGCCCGCAGGAAGAGAGGAAAGCUGCCAAGAACACCAUCAACCACGCAAACAAACAUACUCUGAAGGCAAAGAGCAACUCGGAGGGAUACUUGGCUUCGUAUGCCAAAAGUAAGGCCAUGGCAAAGAAGAAACCACAGACAUACAAGCCUUAUACUAUGAAAGAUUACAACAACCUGAAGAAAGAUACGAGACUAGGAGGGCUGGGACCAGACCUGGAGAGAGUCCAAGACAAGACCGAGAAAGCACGCAGACAGAAGGAGUAUGCCAACACCCUGAGGGAACAACAUGCCAAACAGAAGGCAGACUGGCAGAAGAAGAGAGACGCCCAGCCGUACUACCCACAGGAUGACGAGGGGGACUUCUACUCCAAGAGAGAAGUCCAGGAGGUGGAAGAAGAAGAUGAUGCCCAAAAAAGGAGAAAGAGAGCCUUGCAGUAUGCCAAGAGUGUGCCAAAGCCCAAGCCUGCACCUCUACCGAAGGCAGUGACGCUUCUGGAAACCCAUCAGCAUCCAGACACCAUCCCCUACCACCCACCACCGGCAGAGAACCACCAACCAAACAUCAUGAAGAUAGAACGUGAAGACCCCGCGCAGCCCGCACCAAGCCCGGCGCUGUCAGAAAUCCAGAAGAUGAGGAUGAGACACGAGAAGGACAGAGCAAAUGCGGAGGCCAUCCGCCGAAACAUGGGUUCAAAAGUACAGGGGGUUGUGGACUCUUAGAGUACCAGUUAGUGCAAGGGGAACUUGAUGCUAAAGACUCAGUAGAUGCAUCUUGUCUUGCCUUUCAAGUUGCAUUCUUUCAGGGACACUUCUUUAAAUGAUUAGGCCACACUCAUUUAUUUCCUUGAUUAUUACACAUUUUAAAGUAAAACUUCAGCAAGACGACAAUAUGAAAACACAGAACUGGGUGUAAAUCUCCAGCCUUACUAAGGAGGUUCCAUCAAAUUUUAUUGCACCUCCAUGGUCCUAGGUGUCACCAUAUUCCUUUCUUUAGAAAUUGUAUGUAGCAAGUUACAAACGUUCCCCUCAGCCAUGUUUCAACUUUUGUGUUUCAUGUGGGUUUUAUAUCUUUCAAUAUCUAAGAACCAAAAACAUGUUUGGAAAGAUCACGACAUCUUUAACAAAAUUUUUUCUUGUCAGUGGUCUUUUAGGAGUUUUCUUGUUUGUAUUUUUGUUUGGACCACAUUUGUCCUACCCUACAUUUGUGCUUCCCUACAUUUUCGAACUUGCAGUCAGAAACCAAGGCUACUAAAAGUCAUGCCACACCAGUCAUUCUGCACCUGGGCUUCAGUUGGCCUCUUCCUUUGUGUGUUGGCAAUAACACGCCCGCAUGGCACACAUUGUGCACAAAGUAAGUCAUACCAACUAGAGCACCGUUGACCCAACUCCAAUCCCGGCAACAAACCCUUUCACGAAACAUUUCCUGGGGCGAAUGCUUGGUCCACAUAUCUUUUCUGUCCUCGAUGAAUCCCUGCGACAUUGUGACUCCAGUAAAAUCUGGAGAUCAACUUGAAAACACACCAUCAGGAAUAUAUAUGUCAAGGUGUAUUGUGCCUUUUGCAUCUCCAACAACAUAUAAACAGUACACAGAGCUGCUCCCCCACUAGGGAUAGGGUAUACAGGAGCACCGAAUGGCCCGUUUGCACAUAAACCAUGGUGUAAAUAUGUACAGUUGGAUUAGUAAUUGUUUGUGGGCACAUUCCGAAGUUUCUCAAGUACAGAGAUGGUGCGAAAAGUUAGGGACCAAUCAAGCGAAAUUUGAUACUUCAGGAAAUAGUUUAAGACUGUUAUCUAGGAGCCAGAUCCUUUGUUGUAAUGUCUGAAUCUUGAAUGUAAUGUGUACAAAGUAAGGUUACACUAGAAUGUGCAAUGACAAAAAGUGGGAUGAUUUGAACACUAUAAUGAUGUAAUGAUAUAAUUGUUCGUACCACAAAUUCUAUCUAAUGGUGUAUAUAUAUAGUUUUUGUUUGUAAAUUUGUUACUGGCCUCUCAACGUUCUGUGUGAUGUGUUCAAAGCGUAAACAAAAGGCUUAUAGACGUAUAUAGCAGCCUAGCCCUAUAUCAUUGUCCUAUCAACAAAGAACAGGUGCGAGCACGUUGUGCAAUUUACUAGGUAAACACCCCCAAUAAUUGUAAACCACCGUUUAAUGGAAAUUGCUGAACAUACACACCUGUUCGCCGUACAUCCACCUGCUGACCACCAGGAGCUUUCAUUUACAGCUUUAUUACGUCGUGUAGUUCCUGUGUCGUUUUGAAGUGUGAUAGGGGGGGUAGGGUUGAGUCAAGAUUUGAACGUUGUCAUUAGAGUCACCUAUUGUUGGAGCAUAUGGAUGACACUAUUUUAAAGAUGGGUAGAAAUUAUAUUUUUUGAUUGUCUAAUAUGUUUUGACUGAAAUGUUGUCAUCCAAGUAAAUCUAUAUGUUGUGCCACAGUCUGUAAGUCACAUCAAAUUCAUCAAUAUAGAGUAUAUGUAGUAUGUGUACAGAUAUGUAUUGAAUGUAUAGGUGGAACACUUUAGAUGUAUGUGUAUAGCUGAUCAAUCAGGAACGUUCAGAAAUGUGAUGUAAAUAUAAGAAAUGUACCCUGAUCCAUAUUUUUAUUCACCAGAUAACAAACUCAUUAAUUGUCAGUUUUUGUGUCUUUCGUUAAGUGCUGUCACCCCACAGUUGCUUUUAUUCUGAAACAGUCUGUUGUUGUGCAAAACUCAAGAGAGCUGUUUUGACUUGUAUACGGUUACUGAUGCUCAAAAGCACUUAAAAUCCGAUAUAUCUAAAAGCGAUGUCCGGUUUCCGGACAAGCCAUUGAAUAUAUGAACUGCAGGUGUGAAACUUGUAUGGACUCUUGGCAUUCUGCUUUUGACAGUCGUAAAGUUGGGAUAUCUGGAAUUGAUGUGUUUGUGUUUGGUAAGUCACACAGGUGUUCACACAGGUAAUAAAUCAAACAGGUGAGUCUGACACCUUAAUUGUCCCACGGCCCACUGGAGUCUUAACUUGGGUGCCAUUCCUUUUAUAGCGAGAGAGCCGUGUAUUGUGCAAGUUGUGCCCUUUGUAACGUACCAACCGAGAAACUCCUAGUUUUUAUGAUUCUUGGCCAAAGCCACAACAUAGGAAAUAUAUUGGUAUUUUUAAAAGCAACCCAGUGAGAUGUCUUGAGUGCCCUCUAGUGGAAGGUUUAUCUCUAAGGACACUAAAGGCACUUGUCUUUUUGAUGGACCAUAGUGUGUGGAGAAUGCUAAGUUGAAAAGAUUUUUAAAGAAAGAAAGAUGUUUAAAUCCGUCAAAUACCUCACUAGCUGUCAGCAUGAUUUUCUUUCGGCUUUAGAAAGGGCAAAAGUCCUGACAAGUUUCCUCUAUUAACCAUUAUUCUUAAAAACCUGAGUCUUGACGAGAAAGCAACCUUGGUUUGAUCAAAGCCAAAAUGAGCAAAUAACUCAACUACUACUUUAAAUCUGCCAGGUCUUUUGUUGUAACUUACAAUAAAACACAUGGAUGUGUUUGUUUAAGAAAGGUUGAGCUUGCAAAACUGUCCAGC